CCUUUCACUUAAAGUUGUGGGGUUGUGACGUCAUCACCAAGCGCCCAAAGGGAAAGUACAUGACGCUUCGUUCAUGCCGCGAGCGGCGAGACAUCGAUCGACCCCGCAGUUUUGCAGACACUAUGGAUUUGCUCUGUGGUCCAUUGGGCUUGGGUGUGGUAGCAGGACUGGGCUGUGGGCUCUUCCUCGGUUGGCACCUUCGGACUCGCCUCGGCCCUUCAUCUAAAAGCCUGAUGGCAGCGAUGGGGGAAGGCACCGGUGAAGCAAGUGUGAUGGGAGAAGGAGGCGAGUUCAAGAUGAUACUAGUGGUCCGAAAUGAUCUGAAGAUGGGCAAAGGGAAAGUCGCUGCCCAGUGCUCCCAUGCUGCUGUGUCGGCUUACAAACAGGUUCAGCGCAAGAACCCUGAGCUACUCAAACAGUGGGAGUUCUGUGGCCAGCCCAAGGUGGUGGUGAAGGCCCCCGAUGAGGACACUCUGAUUAAUCUUCUGGGUCAUGCCAAAGAAGUGGGACUUCCUGUAAGCCUGAUUCAGGACGCAGGAAGGACACAAAUUGCACCAGGGUCCCGCACUGUGCUGGGUAUUGGUCCAGGCCCAGCUGAUCUGAUCGACAGUGUCACUGGGGACUUGAAGCUCUAUUAGAGUUCUGGCUUUCAUCUGUAGGACUGGCAUCCUUUUUUUUUUCUUUUUUUUGUUAAAACAAUGUAAACUAAGUUGGCCUACCAUGAGUUUAUAUUUUUAUACAACAUUGACCCAGUUGUAUGCUAAGUACUUGAAUUUUUCUUGUGCAGUUGUGGGGAUUUUGUGCUCUUACCCUAUCACAUACAGAUCAGCUGACUCUUAGUAGUGAGAACGGCUUCAUGUUCUGUGACAGUGGGAAAAACCCCAAACACUGUAUGCUAAGGCCUGUAUCUGGAAACAUGAUGCUCAGAACAAAUAAAUGAUUGUUGAUCUUUCUAGAAUCACAGUGACAAUAGACCUCGUCAUUGCAGGAAAAACAGAGGUGUUACUAAUAACAUCAUCAAUGGCUUAGGUCUAUUAAGCGUCCAAGUAAGGCAUGACGGUGAGCCAGCGUGCAAAAUAGCAGUGCCUUGGAAUUGGUUAAAAGGAAUGGCAUGCAGGUAUUACUGUUUUUGAUUACACCAAUGCUUGUCUUGCUGUGACAUGUCAGGAUGUAUGUCUGCUGUGAAAAAGGUCUGUACUGACUAUGGUCCCAAAUGCUGUUCUCUUAAGAAAUAAAUUGAGAAAAAUAUCUUUUAUAAUCUCACAAAAUGCAUUCUUAAUAAAAAAAUAUCCUUUUAAGUUUU